UAUUCUUAAAAAAAGAAAGAAAACGCCUUGAGUAAUAUUCGCUGUCCUUGUGAAGGUACUGCGUCAUUUACUGUACAUCGGCUAGGCUACGUUCCACACCAUGGGGACAAAUUAAGAUUUUUUAAAACUCAGUUGUACUGUAACAUGGAGACAAUUAAACAUGUGCCAGAAUAAGUCAGUGUUGCACUCCUCUCUUUUUAAAUUACCGCUGCUAGAAAAAGUAUUAUUUUGCAGCAGCUGUUUUUUUUAUUGGAUUGCGCUGCACGAAAAUGAUUUACGAGUAUCAACCAAAAAGUCCAAUAGCCUUCAGUGUCCAUUGCCUGUGGACUGUUAACGAGGCUGUGUAGUAGAAAGCGCUCUCGGCAUUUCAGUCAAUUCUCGGCUGUAACUUCGUGAAACAUCCCAGCCUUUUAAUUAAAAAUAACUUUUAUUAAAGGGGACCCUCGUCGCAUCUAAGUGGUAUUCCUAACACGUCGGUUUUUAGAAAACGUUUGUCCAACAUUUUAGUUUAUUAAUAAUGCAUGAAAUGAGAUUUUAUUAUGCUCCGCGGGUGCAAACUCUAAGCGAUCGAUUUCUUCACUUUUCAUUUAUAUGAUGGAAGUACAGAACGGCCGAGGUACCCAGAGAGCCGGAAAGUGUGCUGAACUUAAAAGAGAUGCGCAAAUUGAAGUCGAAAGUUUAAUUUUCACUUGGGGAGAAAUUAGUGUUUAAAAGCUGUUGUCGACAACCCUCCACCACCUUUCAUCCGCGGCUUUUCAACUCGAUAAAUGCCACCCCGUCAGUGCCAUUAAAUCUGACGUUUAGUUCGUGUGAUUUACAGCGGUGGGACUUGGCACAUGAAAAAAAAGCGCAUUCUAGAUGGAAAGGAAAGGUCGUUAAACGCGCUACAACUGGAGCUUUCGCAAAUCAACUCGCUGUCAGUACGCAGACAGCGGCUUGACAGCAACAUCUACUGCCGGGGGUGGAGAGGAGGCGCUUCAGAUACUGCAUUAAAUAAAGAGAGGAGUGGAGUAAUUUGAGUGGGAGUUAAAAUAAAGACAGCACGGAUUCCGGGCUCUUUAGAAAAAACAUCAGAAUAUCCACCCCUCCUCCUUGCCCGACAACAAGAGUGUCACUUUUCUCUUCAGUCGGAUUCCUGAAUUCCCGAGUCUUUCUCCUCCGAGGGAAGUUUUCAAGGCUCGGCUCAGCCAGCGGGGUGCCGUCCCCUGCGCUCUCUCUCUCUCCCCCCGCGGUCCUGGAUUUCCUGCCGCGGGGACAGCCAGACACACAACGGGGUCUUGCGCUCUCUCACAAUGUGUGGUCUUCGCGAAACCCGUCCGUGCGAGGAGUCGGGAAACGCCAACGCUACGGAGCGGCACGGCAGCAAAGCUUCCUCUUGAAGAAUGACGGCGUCGGGGGGCUCUGGGGCUGCUCGUGCCAUGAGGAACCAGGAGCCCUGGAGCCUGGCCCAGCCGCCCCCCUCCCGCCAGCGCCCGCUGCGGCUCGCCUUCCGAGGCAAGGAGGAAGGGGCCGUCCGCGGGAAGCUGCGGAUCAAGUCCCCCUCGGGGGCUUUCCUGAUUCUGGGCGUCUUCGUGGUGCUGGUGGGCACGGCGUUGGCAGUGGCUGGGUACUGGCCCUACAGGGCACAUCGGGCAGCAGCGGCGCUGAGCCAGUCUGGGGUGGGCCUGAAUGACUCCCUGCCCGGGGGGAGGGCUGGGGGGUCAAAGAAAGUCCUGUCCUCCCAGAACCUCAUCCACAGCGACCGCAUGAAGCUCCUGGGCCCCAUCAUCAUGGGCGUGGGGCUGUUCAUCUUCAUCUGCGCCAACACCAUGCUGUACGAGAACAGAGACCGGGAGACUCAGCUGCUCCUGGCCGAGACACAGAAGAUGAUCUGCACCUUGUCCGGCACCCCAGAGGAGCAGGGCAGCGUGCUGACGGGGCACUACCAGUGGAUGACCAACGUCAGUGCGACUGAUCUCAACAUCCGCUGCCUGGAGGAGCUGGCGGGCUCUGAGUCUCUUCUCCUGCGGGUGAAGUCUGGUCGGGGCAAGUGGGCUGACUGCUACAAGCCCAACACUCUCCAGACCAAAGUGCUGCACCACAAGGAGUCCUCGCCUUCCCUGUCCCUGCACAGCGUCCACUCGGAUUCUUGUAACUCCAGCGACGGGAACUUUAAUGUGCUUUCCUGCCAGACACUGGAGCCCAGGGUCAGCUCCAGCACCAAUGCACUCUCUUUGCCCUUGAUCAAGCUCAACAACUGCCUGAUCGACGCUGGGCCUUCCCUGUCCUCCAGUGGGAGCUGUGGAAGAGACGCUCCCCCAAGGCGUUCUUACAGCUUGAGCAGCAGGACUACGGCUCUCCGUUGGGAUCAAACCGGAGGUCGGGCUGUCCCAAAUCUGCAUCCUCUCCCCAGAGAGGGGCGCCCUGCGGACAGGGCAGAUAGAUCCGUCUUCCUCCCUGAACCGUGCACGAAGGAGUUCAGUUCUGACGUCUGCCUGAACUUGUCCAGCCACUCCCGGUCUUUGGAUUUGGGGAGAGGAGGGGAGCAGACUGGGGCGCCCAUGGAGGAGAGGAAGAACCGCAGCUGGCCACGAGUGGACCUCAGUAGCAUCAGGAGGUACAUGAAACUGGAGAAUAAGGAGGACUCAGUGGACAAGCUGCUGGACCAGCUGGAACAGCAGUAUUCGCAGUGGGAGAGAAACUGUUCAGGCCCCUUCCAGUGAAGAUCCUGUAGGUCUGCUGUUGACCUCACUGAUGGGCUCUGACACUCUGUGGUUGAAGUUUAUGUGUCCAGGGAAGUCAAACCCAUAUACCAAAACACUCCCUGUCCCAUUCGUCUCUGGGGUAGAGCAUCUCUUUUUGUGGAUGUACAGUUCUGAAAACAUAAUGCUGCCCAAAUGGCGAUACAUUUAAUAAAGAAACCACUUCUCAGUGGCCACCCCGGAGGCCCAGGACCAAGAGACACUAUAGGUGUUGUGGGGACUCCACUGAAGUUCUCUUCAUGUGCAGAUGGAAAACGUUGCUUGCACACAGUUUUGAAACAAGUGGCCUAAGCAAUGAUGGGGCUUCAAGUGUGAAUAUGAGUAUCGAUGCAGAUUCCAGUGACCUAUUGUGAAAGAGUGUGUUAAGUAUUCUUCCAAAAUGGACUUACCAAAAUGUAAGACUGCAAACACAGUAUACAGGCAGUAUUACAUGUGAAUGGGAGGACACUGGUACACUGUGAGUCAACUUCAGCAUCAAGACUAGGUACCCAGUGCCCAAAGAGAUGACAGCUGUGCAUUGACAGCUAUGCAAAGUUCAGAUACUUUAAGAAAAUCGCAGGUCAGUAAAAGAUAGUGAGAAACAAAAUAGUGAGGUGACAAACAUUUCCCCUCUAUCAAGGGCUAUACCGAAGUCUGUACAUGUGGAUCAGAAAAACAAGGCAAUGUUUACUGUGGUAACAAUUCUUCACUGUCAUUUAGAUUUUUAACCUUGUAUAGAUUUCUUGUCUUUUGCAAUACCUGCUUGUUAGCUACAGUACAUCCACAUGGAGGUGUACAAUCCCUUAGAUAAUCUGUCAGGAUUCACUGGGAAUUGUUGACCCAGAUUGAGAAUUGCAUUGGCUGUAGUAUGGUUGAAGCAAAAAAAAAAA